UGUUCCUCCGCCGAGGAGAAGAGGCGAUUUUAAAAACGCUUAAAUGUCGCCAACAAACCUUUCAUAGGAACAAUGAAAUCCAGACUUCAUUUGGCUUUUUCUGGGUCAUUUAUGUUCUCAUGUGAUUCCAACCGAACCGCGGAACCGAACCGAACCUCCGGCAGAGAGUUAAAUCUUUAAACUAUUCCGACUUGAAACUGACAUGGAGGCUGCAGAGGGUCAGCGGGGGCGAGACGGAGGCAGCCAGAGAUGGUCCCCCCUCGACGUCAUCAUGAGUCAGAUCCGCAGGAAGCGCUCAGCAGCAGACAGGAAGCCCCUGGGCCGCUUCCUGUCGAGAACCUCAGAGCGGACGGCGAUCCCUGAGGACGCAGAGUCCGAGAACAGAGGACAGAGUCCAGGCGCUGCGGCGCCGGCGGAGAGCCAGCGUGAUGCCGGCUGGGGAAGAGUGUGUGUUUUCCUGCAGAAGUUGGGGAAGAAAGCGGACAGUAGGAGUCUGAGUCUGGCUCACUGCGAUCUGACGGCCACAGACCUGCUGGAGCUCGCAUCGCUGCUCCAGUUCCUCCCUCAGCUGGAGGAGAUGGAUGUCUCUUGGAACGAACUGAUUGGUGGCAGUCUGACAACAUUGACCUCUCACCUCCAACAUGUGGGCGGGAUCAGGACGCUGAAGCUCUGCAGCUGCAGGCUGAACGCAGACGAUGUCGCCGCGCUGGGUGAAGCCCUAACUUCUGUUCCUGUGUUGGAGAUCCUCGAUCUGUCCUGGAACAGCAGCGUUGGCGGCGUUUUGCAAAGCUUGCUGGGUAAACUUCAGCCAUCAGUGAGGGAGCUCCACCUGGUGGCCUGUCAGCUCACUGCGGCGGACGCUGCUGCUCUGGGAGGCCUGGUGGCCGUUCUGCCUAAACUCUGUGUGUUGGACGUUUCCUGUAACCCUCGGCUGACACAGGAAGUGGACGCUGGCGGCUUCAGGCAGCUGGCUGCCUCCCUGUCCCACGCCACCUCCCUGACCGUGCUGCGGCUGCAGGCCUGCGGGUUGAAACCUGACGACCUCGAGGCUCUUGGUGCUUCCCUGCACUGCCUGCCCUCGGUGCGCCAGCUGGACCUGUCCUGUAACAGAAGUAUGACUGGAGGCCUGAGCCGACUCGCCUCUCACCUGCCUCACAUGGCUCACCUGGAGAGCCUGGACCUCCACCUGUGCCGCCUCAAACGCGUCGACAUGGAGGCUCUGAUCCAGGUGCUGCCCUCUCUGACGGCGCUGACGGCGCUCGACGUUUCGUCCAAUAAGGAGGCGGGAGGCGCGGUCCACCAGCUGGUGUCGGUGCUGCCGCUGACUCAGAUGAGGAGGCUGCCGAUGAGCAGCUGCAGGCUGACGGAGGAGUCCUUCACCGCCCUGGCUCUGGUGGCGCCAUACCUGCGCAGCCUGGAUGUUUCCUGGUGUAAGGUGGUAGGCGGUCGCCUGCCGCUGCUGAUGGACGCGCUGCAGCCGUCCGUGAUCCUGGAGCUUCGCCUGAGCAGCUGCUGCCUCACCACCGCUGACCUGCAUCACCUAGCUGGCGUGUGCCGACGCGGCUGCGUGUCCUCCCUUCGGGUCCUGGACUUGUCCUACAACGGCUCGGUCGGGGACGCCGGCUGGGCGGCGCUGUUUACGGCGGGCGGCCUGGGCUCACUGGAGGAGGCCGACCUCAGCCUCCGACCUUUGACCUGGGCUCCCUGCUCGGCCUGGCUGCCGGCGCUGCUCGGGGCUCUGCCUCGGAUGCCGGCGCUGGCCCGGCUGGCCAUGCAGCGCUGGAGCACCGGGCCGCAGGAGGAACAGCAGCUGCGGUUCAGCGUGAAGAACCGGAACAUCUGGCUGGACUGGGAUCCGGACGGUUCGGACUGGAAGACCAGCAGCCAGGAGGAGAGUCACUCUGAGGAGUAGGGAGGAGGUCAAAGGUCACUUGGAUUUCAACAGAUCAGAAACAAUCAAUCAUACCUGAUUCCUGAGGUCCAAACAUUUCAGCUUCUGACUGUUGGAGGCUUAAAGUCAACAAUUAUUCUCACGUUGCACAAGAAAAUAAAUUCACAAUUAUUUAA